GUUUAUAAUAAUAAGAGGAAGUUCUGGAUUUUACUCUUAUGGGAUUUUAGAACGUUUGGAAGGAUGGCCAAAUAUUGAUGUCUACCAAGGAAGAAUUGUCUUCAAGCUCAAAGAAGAAUUGUUCCAAUAUAUGGCGAUUUCAGAUGAACGGCAAAGGAUUAUGCCAACGGCCCAAGACCGUGAAAUGGGCCAAAAACUUGAUUAUCCAGAAGCUGUUCUUCUUACAAACCCAACUAAUUCUUUUAUUAAAGGAGAGGUUGAUGACAAAUAUCAAUAUUCUUGUGAGAACAAGGAUAAUCGGGUUCAUGGGUGGAUAAGCCCAAAUCCACGAACCGGAUUUUGGAUGAUCACACCAACCGAUGAGUUCAGAACUGGUGGGCCUCUCAAACAAGACCUUACUUCUCAUACCGGCCCAGUAAACCUCAAUAUGUUUUUUAGUACACAUUAUGCUGGAGAGAGUUUGGGACUGAAAUUUAGAGAUGGAGAGCCCUGGAAAAAGGUGUUUGGCCCUGUUUUUACAUACCUAAACUCACUUUCACCUGAUGAGCUAGACACUCUUACACUAUGGACUGAUGCAAAAGAACAAAUGUUCAUAGAAACUGAAAAUUGGCCAUAUAAUUUUCCUCUUUCGGAGGAUUUUGUUCGAUCUGAUCAACGGGGUAUUGUAACCGGCAGAUUACUCGUUCGUGACAGCUAUGAAAGUGAUAAGCUUAUUACUGCAAACUCAGCUUUCAUUGGAUUAGCUGCUCCAGGAGAUGUUGGAUCAUGGCAAAUGGAAAACAAGGGUUAUCAGUUUUGGACUCAAACAGAUACCGAGGGCUAUUUCUUGAUUAAUAAUGUCAUCACUGGAAAUUAUAGCUUGUAUGCUUGGAUCCCUGGAUUUAUUGGAGAUUACAUGCAUGAUGCAUACAUCAAUGUCAACCCAGGAUCAAGAACAAGAGUAGAAACUCUCGUAUACGAUGCGCCAAGGAACGGUCCAACACUCUGGGAAAUAGGAAUUCCUGAAAGGACUGCUUCUGAAUUCUUCAUUCCUGAUGCACAACCAAGACUUCUGAACCAAUUAUAUGUCGUAAAUAAUGCAGAAAGGUUCAGGCAAUAUGGAUUAUGGGAUAGGUAUACAGAGAUAUACCCUGAUGAUGAUUUGGUUUUUACUGUUGGAUUAAGCAACUAUCAAACAGAUUGGUUCUUUGCUCAUGUCAAUCGAUAUAUUUACAAUGAUGAUGGAAACAAGACUUAUGUACCAACUACAUGGCAAGUUCUAUUUGAUCUUGAUGAUAUUGAUCAAUCAGCAAAUUAUACCCUUCAACUAGCAUUAGCCUCAGCAAAUGAUGCUGAACUACAAGUUCAAUUUAAUGAUGCAGAACCAGAUGCUCCUCACUAUACAACAGGAUUGAUAGGCAAAGAUAACGCGAUAGCUAGACAUGGGAUUCAUGGAUUAUACAGGCUAUAUACUAUAAAUGUUCCUGGUUCUCUUCUUGUAUUUGGAACCAAUGUUAUGUAUCUCAAGCAAACUAGAAGUGAAAGGCCUUGGAGAGGAAUUAUGUAUGAUUAUAUUCGUCUCGAAGGUCCUCCUGAAAGUUAUUAAUCUGGAGGAAUUAUUGAGCUUAAACUUUUGGGUGAAAUAGAACGGGGAAAUUUUGGGGUUGUAGAUGUUGAUAGAAUUUGAAUGCUCAAGAAAAGUUGAUCAUAUCUAUUUUUUUGAUGUUUUCUUGGUAGGUGCCUGUAAAUUUUGAGUAGCUUAGUCUACUAAUCUUGAACCGGUAAAAAUUUAACUGAUAAUAAUGUGCUUAAGCU